AUGGCGCCAAGCAAGAUUAGAAGAGCAUUAGGAGCUGUGAAGGACAAGACAAGCAUAGGGUUGGCCAAGGUGGGUAGCAGCAAUUCCUUGUCGGAUUUGGAAGUGGCCAUCGUGAAAGCCACACGACAUGAAGAAUACCCAGCUGAGGAGCGCCAUGUGCGAGAGAUUCUAAGCCUCACAUGCUACUCAAAGGCUUACAUAAGUGCAUGUGUUAAUACGUUGUCUAGGCGAUUGAACAAGACAAAGGAUUGGACGGUGGCACUCAAGACACUAAUGUUAAUACAACGUUUGGUGUCGGAAGGGGAUCCGGCUUACGAGCAAGAGAUCUUUUUCUCGACGAGGCGUGGGACGAGGUUUCUAAACAUGUCGGAUUUUAGGGAUACUUCUCAGUCGAAUUCUUGGGAUUAUUCUGCAUUUGUUCGUACUUAUGCUUUGUACCUUGAUGAAAGGCUUGAGUAUAGGAUGCAAAGUCGGAGGGGGAGAAGGAGUGCGUUUGGAUUGCUAGAGGAAGAAGACCAACAACAAAAUAGUAAUAGAAAUAGUAAUAGUAGUAAUACCAACAAUGACGAUGACGACGACAACGAUAAUAAUAAGACUAUUAUGAUAAGAGCCACUCCGUUACAUGAAAUGACAACUGAACAAAUAUUUUCAAAGACACAACAUUUGCAGCAGCUUCUUGAACGCUUUUUGGCUUGUCGUCCAACAGGUGCUGCAAAGGUAAACAGGGUGGUGUUAGUAGCAUUAUAUCCUAUCGUAAAGGAGAGUUUCCAAAUAUAUUAUGACAUAACCGAAACUAUGGGAAUCCUAAUUGAUCGUUUCAUGGAUUUGAAGAUCCGCGACUGUGUCAGAGUGUAUGAGAUUUUCUGUCGUGUUGGGAAGCAAUUUGAUGAACUUGAAAUGUUCUAUUCUUGGUGUAGAAACAUUGGAAUUGCUCGCUCGACCGAGUACCCAGAAGUCGAAAAGAUUACUCCAAAGAAACUCGAAGUCAUGGAUGAGUUCAUCAAGGACAAGUCUGCCUUGGCUCAAUGCCUAAGAAAUGAAGUGGAAAUCACAGAGGAAGAGGAAGAGGAAGAGGAAGAGGAAGAGGAAGACGAAGACGAAGAGGAAGAACAAGAACACGACAUGAAUUCCAUUAAAGCUCUUCCACCACCUGAGAGCUUCGAGGAGGAACAAACAGCCUUAUUAGUGAACGAAGAGAAUGAAACUAAUGAGAUGAAAGCAAAAGAGAAGAGUGAUGAACAUUAUCCUAUGAUGGGUGAUUUCUUGAACCUUGAUGAGGAGCAUCAAAUGACAAGAGAAGAAAAUGCAGAGAAAUUGGCGUUUGCUUUAUUCGAUGGAAGUGCUCCGAUUAUCGACGCUUCGGUACCAGCUCUACCGUGGGAAGCCUUUAGCGACGACGCACCAGAUUGGGAAACUGCAUUGGUUCAAUCAGCAAGCAAUUUAUCAAAUCAAAGAACUGACCUUGGUGGAGGUUUUGAUAUGCUUCUUUUGGAUGGCAUGUAUAAGCAAACAACAACGAUGUCAACAAUGGCUGGCUCAGGUUAUGGGGUGAGUGGCAGUGCAAGCAGCAUGGCACUUGGGUCUGCAGGGAGACCAGCCCUGCUUGCAUUGCCAGCCCCUUCGACCUCGGAAGGCAGUGUGGCAAGCUCAUCCUCGGUCAUGAGCGACCCGUUUGCUGCAUCGGUGGCUGUGGCACCUCCGGCAUAUGUUCAGAUGUCGGAGAUGGAGAGGAAAAAGAAGCUGUUGGUGGAGGAGCAGCUCAUGUGGCAGCAAUAUGCAAGGGAUGGGAGACAAAUACAGCCCAACCCUUAUACAGGAGGCUACACACACAGUUACUAGUUGUUAGGGCAGUUAAACCAACUCUCGUACGAGCUCCUAACGGUUCGUUAACUCACCUUGUAAUUUUAUGGUCCUUAGUUUCAUUUUUUUUUUUUCUUUUUUCUUGUGCUUUUUUACUCAGUAAAAGACGACAAUACAGUGUUUGUAUGUGCUGUUACUUUUGGUAGGGAUGACACAAGGUAAAUAAACAAUUUAUUUAACAUUAGAUUUGUGUUUAUUUAAUUUUCUGAUCUCCUAGUUGUAAAAGUCUCCCGUAAUCCAUUAUACUUCAUAGUUUCCUCUCUUGUUAGUGUACUCAUGCAAUAUCACUUACGGCAGCUUUUAGUUAUAUUGUAUGCAUGAGGUAACGAGAUAUUGAUUGUACAGUAGUUAGGAGCUCUUUCUCUCACGGUAGUGCGCCCUCCCUAUUUUGAGUAGGUGCUCGCAAGGUCAAAGUCCAAAAUGAGAUUCUUUCAUUGACACAGGGGCAGGGUAAAGAGUUUCAGUGAUUUACACCUCGAAGUAGAAUGUGUAAAUACCAAAUACAUAGGUUGAGUCAUUCGCCGACCAACUUGUUUUUCUAGGAAAAUAAAAUCAGUGAAGAGUCUGGAUUAUGCACUCAAUUCAUGAUACUAUUGCUAAGACAAGAUCAAUGAUACCCUGCAAUGGCAGACAAACCUAGAUAAUCUGCUCUGGAAGAUAAAAAGAAAUGUUCGUCAAGAAUGUCCCAUACGGAUUUUCUUAGAUAACAUUUCUAGAAAUGUAACAACCUAAACCCACCGCUAGCA